AUGAGUAAACGCAGCGUUUAUGCAUGGCUGGUUGCACUUUUUUGCUUCAUCGUACUCAUGAUCGUUACCCCAGCUAUUCCUCAGUCCCAAGACUAUCAUAAUUUCGCCGACCACCGAAACUUCUUCGGUAUUCCUAAUACACUUAAUGUGGUAUCGAACUUCCCUUUUCUGGUUAUUGGACUCAUUGGACUUGUACUCUGUCAUCAUGGAAAUUAUUUUAGGCUCUGCUUGCAAGGUGAAAUAUGGGGUUGGACUUGCUUUUAUGCUGGUGUGGCUGCAGUUGCAGUUGGAUCUUCAUACUAUCAUCUCAAGCCGGAUGAUGCUCGCCUUGUGUGGGAUCGGUUGCCAAUGACUGUUGCUUUUACAUCGAUCAUUGCAAUAUUCAUCAUUGAGAGGAUUGAUGAGUCGAAGGGAACGGUUUCAAUUAUACCCCUCCUUUUGGCGGGUAUAAUAAGCAUUGUGUAUUGGAGGUUCUUUGAUGACCUUCGUCCAUAUGCUCUGGUCCAAUUUUUGCCUUGCAUUGCCAUUCCUCUAAUGGCUAUUUUGUUACCUCCAAUGUACACACAUUCAACGUAUUGGCUCUGGGCUGCAGGGUCUUAUCUUCUAGCUAAAGUGCUAGAAGCUACUGAUGAGGUGAUCUAUGAAUGGACACAUCAUAUUGUCAGUGGUCACACGCUUAAGCACCUAGCUGCAGCAAUGGUCCCUGUCUUCUUAACAUUCAUGCUUGCUAAGAGGAAUAUUGAACCUGAGAGGCAAAGUUUGCUUAAAACCUGGAGGGUUUCCUGGACGAAGUUCAGAGAGGGCAACUCCAACGUUGAGAGCUACUCUUACUCGUAUACAAAUGUGCAGACUGUGGACUCCCAGUGA